AUGUUCUUUUUAUAUCUUCUCUUCAUUGCACUAAUUCGUGCUGUUGAGUUUGACACAUGUGAGAACCCACAAAUUAUUGAUGGCUCAACUAACAUUUAUAUUGAAGACCUUAAUGAAAGAAGAGUUUUAGAUGGGAAAAAAGGUGUUUGGGUUCAAAUUACUGCUGAACAAGCAACAGUUGGAUAUACCUUCCAUGUUUUAGGUCAUGGAGAAGCUAAUAUCUUUGAAACAACUGACUGUUCAUCAUUGUCAGAAGUAAGUCAAUUACCCUAUGGGUUUGUUGUUGAAACAGGAAAAACUCGUACUUUCUUUGUUUCUGUUCCUGAAACAACCACAGAAGAAAUUACUGUUAUCGCUGACAAAAUGCUUGUUUCAGAAGAUAAAACUAGUGCAACUAUUGUUCGAGGUGAAUUCAUUCCAUUGACAUUCCCUGUUCAUACUUAUACCACUGACAAUACUGUUUAUUAUCAACUCAUUGGAAGAAAUAAUUGGAAGGUUGAAGUUUCUGUUGAUGGAAAAGUUGAACAAACUAUUGAUUUAAAACAAGACAGUACUGAGCUUGUUACUAUCAAGGCUGAUGCUGGAAUUCAUUCUGUCCAGUUUAGUUAUGCUAAGACUAAUGCAGAAUAUCAAAACAUUGAAGUUACUGAAACAGUGCCUUCUGUAAUUAAUGCUGUUUUUAGACCAGAAGCUAUUACUGAGAAUUCCAUUUGUUUUGAAGGAAAGAAAGUAGUUGUUGGUUAUACAGCUAUUAACACAGGUAAAAUUAUUGUUAACACUAAGGCUAAUGGAUUGUCUAAUCAAAAAUACAUUCAAAUUGGGGAUUCUUGUUCUCUUAUUGAAGAAGGCGUUGAGUAUAAAGUUAACGGAGAGUAUAAAAUUAUUCUUGCUUCUGACGUUAUUCCUUCAGAAGAAUCAUCAUCUAUCUUUACUGUAACUUUUGUUGCUGAUAAUACUCCAAUUGAACCAUCAGAACAAUCUUCAGAACAACCUUCAGAACAACCUUCAGAACAACCAAUUGAACCAUCAGAAGAAUCAUCAGAAAAACCAAUCGAGCCAUCAUCAGACCAUUCAUCUUCUGCUGGAUCUAGUUCAGGUAAUUCAUCAGAUAGUGAAAACAGUGAAGGUAUUAAUGAUAAGACUCUCAUUGCCAUCAUCUGUGUUAGUGUGAUUGUUGGUAUUCUUUUAAUACUUGCAAUCGUAUUAUUAGCAUUUAUCAUUUAUAGAAAAUGCACAAGCAAAAACGAUUAUGAAAAUUUGAAUUAA